CUAGAAAGAAGGAAAUUACCCUGAUGCUUUUUAUGGGAUAUUAAAAUGGGCUCAGAUGCAGGAUAUAUUUCACUCAAAUCCCAGCUGGAGUUGUUACCGGAGAUAAACCAAUGUUGGGACUUGUUCUCCGACACUCUGAUACAAGCAGGAGAUGGAUCAGUCCUUGCUCCUUCUCUUAUUCUUGCUGGAGGUUCUCUGUUCCUGAGAAAAUUGCUCUUGGGGGUCGAGGCAAUCCAUGAGUCAGUGCUUGUUCUUCCGGACUACAGAAUACAGGACAUUAGACAGAUGCUGUACUGUCUGCAGAACCCCAACCCUGAGUACGCCAGGAUCGGGUUCCUAGACGGUGAUUCCCCGUUAAACUUUCUGUUCCCAGUUUUUCAGUCUACCAAGGUUGAUGACGUCCUUGUUAAGCAGCCUGAUGAACUGUUCCUUGAUAGUAUUGAGGAAAAGGCAGAUAAUGACCUUGAUCAAGAAUUUAGUGAAUAUGAAGACGAUUCUAGCGAUAACGAGGGAAAAUUAGAUACAGAUUUGGAUAGCGAUAAUCCGGAUGAGCCUGGAACGGAUGAGGUACAAGGCGAUCUCUCCGAGGGGUCAGAACUAUUGAGUAAGGACGAGGCUGAGCUAAGGGUAGAGAAACAUCUUGCAAUGAACCAGGAGUCAAAACUCUACUCAUGCAACCUGUGUCAAGGAGACUUUUCUUCCAAACUCAAGAAAAUAGUGAUUAUUCACAUCCUGAAACAUUUAAAUAUUUAUCUGUUCAAAUGUGACGAGUGUGGGAAAAUGUUUCGACAGUUGUGUAAUUUCACCCGACACAUGAAGACUCACAGGGAAGGUGUCCCCCGGAGUAGGAAGGUGGAGGGGAUGAAGAAGAACCAGAUCUCCCAGAUGGAAAAGUAUUCAACCCGGUCAGAGAUAGAGGUCCAGGAUAUUUGUAAAUUGACUCAGAACCAACUAAAUGGCAAACUUAUUAGCUUUAUGCAAGGAUUGGCGCUUGCAUCUAAUGUGAUAGAGAAGGAAAACCACGUUUACAGAUGCAAGUUGUGUGGUAAAGUUUGUGGUCGAAUGAUAGGGAACUGCAGAGACCAUGUGUGGAGAACACAUUACAACGUGUACCUCUACCAGUGCCCGGAGCUAGACUGUGGCCGAAGGUUCAGAAAGCUCACAGAUUUCAAGGAUCAUGUAAACCAGCACGAGGAGAAGAAAACCCAGCUGCGGAACCUGGUGGAGAGAAAUCAAACUAAUCUCAGCUCCCUAGCAACCUUCCAUCUCAUCAACUCCCCAUUAGAUGUCACUAAGGAGGCUGGAUGUAAAUAUCAUGGAAAAACACUGAUUCAGAUGGAAAGACACAGGAAGGUUUACCAUGAGAAAGAUCGCUCUGAUUGGCAUUUUUGCGAGAUCUGCGCCAAACCUUUUCCUUACAUAAAUGAUCUCAAGGUUCAUGUUAGUAGAUGUGCUGAAGGAAAAAGUCAAGCGUUUAAGUCCAUUAGGAUGAAAAAGUAUAUUAACAAAGAAAAAGAUGGAAUCCUGACAUGUGUUCUCUGUAACCAAACUUCUAAAUCCUACAGGUUUUAA